CUCGCCCAGCGCGCCCGGCCCGAAGGCGGCGGGGCGGGCCAUGGAGCGGCUGCAGGUGGAUGCGGCGGCCCUGGAGGAGUACGCGGAGUACCGGCGAAUUGUAGGUGAUGAUGAUGGAGGAAAGCUCUUUACCCCUGAGGAAUACGAGGAGUACAAAAGAAAAGUAUUACCAAUUCGGUUACAGAACAGGUUGUAUGUGAGCUGGAGAUCGCCAACCGGCAUGGACUGUAAGCUGGUGGGACCAGAGACACUGUGCUUUUGCACUCACCGGUAUAAGCAACACAAAACGGACUAUGAAGUGAUCCCCAAAGAACGUCCUAUUCCUGUGCCUUGCAGAGCGAGCCGCUGCCCCUGCCAGUCCUAUCACUACGUCCCUCUCAACGGCACGCAGCCCAUCCGUUGCAGAUGCAAACACUUUGCUGAUCAGCACAGUGCAGCACCUGGAUUUUCCUGUAACUCUUGUUCCAAGUGUUCAGGCUUUCACAGCUGCUUCACCUGUGCCUGUGGUCAGCCCACAUACGCUCAUGAGACCGUGGUGGAAACUAAAGAAGAGCGCUUGGCCCAGGGAAAGCCCGUGGGGCAGGACGUUCCUUACGCCGCUAUGGGAGGGCUGACUGGUUUUAGCUCACUAGCAGAAGGCUACAUGAGGCUGGAUGACAGCGGAAUAGGGGCUCCUUCUGCUGAACUUUUAGAAUCCCCUGUUACCAGCAUGGAUCAUCCAUUUCUAAAAGCAUUUCAGGGACCUUCUAGUUCUGCUCAAACCAUCUCACAGAUAGCAGGUGCUUCCAGUGCCAUAAGGCAAGUUUCUCAUGGAAAGCAAUCAGAAGAUGAGGACAUGGCUUACUUUGAAAAGCGUUAUCAAGAACGGCUGAAAAAGGAGAAGGCUGCUAAACGGAAGGAGAAAAGUCCAGUACCAUCAAAGAAGCCAUGAGAUUAAUAAAGAAGUAGUUCUUAUAUGGCACUGUGUUAAUUGUUGUAUUGGAGAGUAGUUUUUGCUGUGCCUACCUGCAUACUUGUAUUUCUUCAUUUCUUUAUUCUGCUCUUUUGGUCUGUUGCUGAAAUUAAUUUUUAAUUGUCUUGUUGUAAUAAAAUUGGUACUUUAAUUGAUGUGUUUCUAAUCUCCCAAACUAUUACAUAGAUACUCCUUUGAGAAUCGAAAAUCAUAUUUAGAGAUUUACAAAACUGUUACUUAAGAUCUGAGAGAAUAAGCAUGUGUUUAAGUAUUACAUUGUAGUAAGGCAAAGAAAAUCCCAUUUCCAACUUUUAUGAUGCACUUUCUUUAUUUGUAGAGUCCUUGGAACUCAUCUUAUUCAUGCAUUUUUACUUGGUGGGAUUUAUUCUGUUACUAUUGACAUUUUAACCUUUUCUUCAAAUCUUUUUUUUUUUUCCUCUUCGUUUAAUCACCUUUACGCAAAAUUCAAACAUGCCCUCCUUCUCUCCCACUUCUUGCCAAUGUAUAAAUAUUUUUUACAUGUGAGGUUCUGUAUGUGUGUAAACCCAUUUCCACACACACUGACUUGAGGGGACCCUGCUUGUAUGAUUUAUGCUGGAUUUCUCUGGAAAGGAAUCCUCCUCUGCCAGGAGGAGGGUUCUCCCAAUUCUGUUUGUCUGAUACAGUCCAUACCAAUGUUUCUAUUACACUUAACUUCUGAAAUCAUUAUGUGGAAAUGGAUAUGCUAUUUAUUGCAUGUAAACAAAUCUAGAGUUUGAUGUAAGCUUAUUUGUCUAACAGAUACUCUUUUGUCGUGUCUAAUCCAACACAGAUCGAGUCCCUCAAGAAGGGAGAAGAGCUUUUGUAUUCUUUGUCCAUAUUCAAAGCUGUGGCAGCAUAUGUUGUGCUAAAGGUAGGGGACAGGAAAAUAUAAAAUUUGUUAACUUUGUGUGGUGGUCUAAAUCUGUGAAGCAGCACAGCAAGAAUGUGGUACAGAGUAACGGGCAGAGGCUGCAGCUUUGGAGGCAAAAGCAGAGCCUGAGCUAAUUUUGUUAGUCUCCUCUAAAAACAGAGAGGUCUAAGGCCGUUUGUCCUUAAAAACACUUGAAGAUGUCUCUUGGACGGAAGACUUUUGCGGUGGUACAUGUGUACUGAGACCUUUAGCUUUAAAUUCAAUAGUAUAACAUACUGCUUUAACUUAAUAAAGAUGAAUAUUAUUUUGAGCUCCCUC